AUGUCGGCUUCUGGUCCCAUAAGCAACUAUUAUGUAGAUUCCUUGAUAAGUCAUGAAAAUGAAGAGCUCUUGGCAUCAAGGUUCCCAGCCACUGGCUCUCACCCUGCAGCAGCUAGACCUUCAGGAUUAGUACCGGACUGUGCCGAUUUUCCAUCCUGCAGUUUUGCCCCUAAACCGGCCGUUUUUACUACUUCAUGGGCUCCCGUGCAUUCUCAGUCUUCUGUGGUUUACCAUCCGUAUACCCACCAGCCUCACAUUGGGGCUGACACCAGGUAUAUGCGCACUUGGUUGGAACCCAUCUCAGGCGCUGUGUCCUUCCCUGGCUUCCCACCCAGCAGCAGGCAUUACGGGCUCAAGCCGGACGCUUUCCCCGGCCGAAGGGCGGAAUGUGGCCCGGUGGACGGGCGUAGUUAUCCGGAUUACAUGUACGGAUCCCCGGGUGAUCUCAGAGACCGAACUCCGCAGACUAUACCCUCUCCGGAAUCGGAGGCAGUCGCUUCGAGCAAACACAAAGAAGAAAAGAACGAAUUAGACCCUAGCAAUCCCGUCGCAAAUUGGAUUCACGCACGUUCCACAAGGAAGAAAAGAUGUCCUUAUACAAAGUAUCAGACCCUGGAACUGGAAAAAGAGUUUUUAUUCAAUAUGUACCUCACACGGGACCGGAGGUACGAAGUAGCCAGAGUUCUUAAUCUCACUGAACGCCAAGUCAAAAUCUGGUUUCAGAACAGGAGAAUGAAAAUGAAGAAAAUGAAUAAAGAAAAAACCGAUAAAGAACAGCAAUAA